AUGACUGACAACCGUCGCCGAAGGGGACGCAGAAAGAACGACGAUGUGGACCCGGUAGAAGAUGUUUCUCCUGCGGAUCCCGCUGUGUCGAACGGCACCUCCAAACCAGAAACACACGCCCAGCGCAAGAAGCGGUUCCUCCUCGAUGUGGACCCCAAAAUCGCCAAGCAGAACGACGUGGACGACUCCACCAAGCGGUUCAAGUACUUGUUGAACUUGACGCCGUUGUUCCGCUACUUUAUCGACCUCAACGCGUCCAAGGAUGCUCUGUUCAAGAGAAAGAUCCGCGAGAUCGAUAACAAAACCUCGUUUGUACAAACCAAAAAGACCAAGGGAAGGCGGAGAAAGACCGAGAAGGAAGAGGACGCCGAGUUGCUAGAGGACGAGGAGCACCAGGACGACGAGGACCACCAGCCCACCGUGUUGACCGAGUCUCCCUCUUACGUGCAAGAGGGUGUCCUCAGAGAGUACCAGAUCCAAGGGCUCAAUUGGUUGAUUUCCCUCUACGAAAAUAGGCUAAGUGGUAUUCUAGCCGACGAAAUGGGUCUUGGGAAGACGCUCCAGACAAUCUCGUUUUUGGGGUACCUUCGUUACAUCAAAAACGUGGAUGGCCCGUUCAUUGUGAUUGUACCCAAGUCCACCCUUGAUAACUGGAGAAGGGAAUUCGCAAAGUGGACACCAGAGGUGAAUGCCGUGGUCUUGCAGGGAAACAAAGAGGAAAGAAACGAAAUCAUCCAAAAUAAAUUGUUGGAGGCAGAUUUUGACGUGUUGAUCACUUCCUUUGAAAUGGUCAUCAGAGAAAAAUCCCAUUUGAAAAAAUUCAGAUGGGAAUAUAUCGUUGUGGAUGAAGCACACAGAAUCAAGAAUGAGGAUAGUUCGCUUUCACAAAUCAUCAGAUUAUUCUACUCGAAAAAUAGGCUAUUAAUCACAGGGACGCCUUUGCAGAACAAUCUUCACGAAUUAUGGGCCUUGUUGAAUUUUUUGCUUCCGGAUGUGUUUGGAGAUUCCGAAGUGUUUGAUGAAUGGUUCGAGAAUCAGGGAGGAGAUGAAGAUGCAAAAGAGAAAAACCAAGACAAAGUAGUGCAGCAAUUGCAUCAACUUCUUAGUCCAUUUUUAUUAAGAAGAGUCAAGGCAGACGUGGAAAAGUCCUUGCUUCCAAAGAUAGAGACAAACGUGUAUAUCGGUAUGACUGCAAUGCAGGUUGAGUGGUACAAAAAAUUGUUAGACAAAGAUAUCGAUGCAGUUAAUGGUGCAGUUGGAAAGAGAGAAGGAAAGACCAGGUUACUUAAUAUUGUGAUGCAAUUGAGAAAAUGUUGCAAUCAUCCAUACUUGUUCGAUGGCGCAGAGCCAGGUCCACCUUUCACGACAGACGAGCACUUGGUAUUUAACGCAGGUAAGAUGAUUAUCUUAGAUAAGAUGCUCCAGAAAUUCAAAAAGGAAGGGUCAAGAGUGUUGAUCUUUUCUCAAAUGUCUAGAUUAUUGGAUAUUCUCGAAGAUUACUGUUAUUUCAGAGAUUACGAGUAUUGCAGAAUUGACGGCUCAACUUCACAUGAAGACAGAAUUCAAGCAAUUGAUGAUUAUAAUGCUCCUGACUCGGACAAGUUUUUGUUCUUGUUGACCACCAGAGCGGGUGGAUUGGGUAUCAAUUUAACUACAGCCGACAUUGUCAUUUUGUUCGAUUCGGAUUGGAACCCGCAAGCAGAUUUACAGGCCAUGGAUAGAGCACACAGAAUUGGACAGAAAAAGCAAGUUAAAGUGUACAGAUUUGUCACCGAAAAUGCUAUUGAAGAGAAAGUUUUGGAGAGAGCUGCACAAAAAUUAAGGUUGGACCAGCUUGUUAUCCAACAAGGUAGACAAACCAAUAGUAACAAUAAUGUUGGUAAUUCUAAGGAUGAUUUGGUUGGAAUGAUUCAGCAUGGUGCAAAGGAAGUAUUCGAAGCAAAGAAGGGACAGUCUACCAUUUUAGAUGAUGAUAUCGAAGCAAUCUUGCAGAGAGGAGCCGAAAAGACAGCAAAUUUGAAUGCCAAGUUCGGACAGCUUGGACUUGACGAUCUUCAAAACUUCACUUCUGACUCAUCGACUUACGAAUGGAAUGGACAAAACUUCGCAAAAAAGGAGAAUUCAGGAAAAUUAGGUUUCGCAUGGAUCAAUCCUUCUAAGAGAGAAAGAAAAGAGAAUGUUUACUCUAUUGAUAACUACUAUAAGGAUGUGCUAAAGAUUCCUUCAGCAUCAAGCAAUUCAGCACGCUUACCCAGAGCCCCUAAGUUAUACAACAUACAGGAUCAUCAAUUCUUCCCUCAAGGACUUCCAGAAUUGCUUGAAAGGGAACAACUUGCAUUUAAGAAAGAAAUAGGCUAUAGGUUUACUGUUGGUGAUUUUGGUGAUAGCGACGAAGAAUUUUUGGCAGAAGAAUACAAACAGGACGUAAGUCGUGAACAAAAGCGGGCAAGAGAGCAAAAGAAGGUCGAUGAAGUGGUUCCUCUUACUGAGGAAGAAAAUGAGCUCAAAGCCAAGCUUUUAGCCGAAAGUUUUCACAAUUGGUCUAGAAGAGACUUCACCAAUUUCAUACAUGCAUCUGCAAAAUACGGUAGAGAUAAUUAUGAGAAGAUUGCAGAAGCGUUAGGUAAUAAGACGAAAGAGGAUACAGAGAAGUAUGUGAAGAAAUUUUGGGAAGAUUAUAAGCGCAUUGAAGGCUACGACAAGUACUUGACGCAGAUUGAAUCAAGUGAAAAGAAGUAUACCAAGUUGAUGAACCAACAAAAGUUUUUGGCAUUAAAGAUGGAAUUGGUUGCUGAUCCAUUCGAGGAUCUUAAGAUUCAAUACCCUCCCAACAAUUCCAAGAGGGUGUACUCGAAGACAGAAGACAGAUUCAUUUUAUGUUGCGUCCACAAGUUUGGCCUCUUCAGUGAGAAUUUAAGUGAAAAAGUAAAGGAAGAGAUUAUGGCUAGUGAUUUGUUCAAGUUUGACUGGUACAUGUUGUCGAGAACACCACAGGAGAUUGGUAGAAGAAUCAAUACUCUUUUGCUUGCAAUCACGAGAGAGAUGGAGGGGCCUGCCGCCGCGAAGAAAAAGACUAAAGUGUCUACACCAAGCUCUAGGCCAGGAUCAGUUGAGCCCAAUGGUAACGGUAAACGGAUAAAUGACGAAGUGAAUGGAAAUCAAGAGAAAAAGAGCAAGUUGUCUGCUUGA